CGCUUGCGCCUGACACCUGUCUCUAUUUUUUAUUGUUAUCUAUUUGCCGGUACGAUGGAGUUGCAAGAACUAAAUAAUUUGAAAUUAACUAACACGUUUUUAAUUCUUUUCGUGUUUGUUUGCGAAAUUUUAACAUCGAACGUGCCGAGACCGAGAGGUGUAUCUCUAUCCAGAGCGUCUUUGUACCCACCAGAAAAGGACUUUACAUGUUUCGAUGGCAGUAAGACGGUGCCCUUUUCCCAGGUAAACGACGACUACUGUGACUGUCCAGACGGUAGCGACGAACCGGGCACGUCGGCUUGUCCUAAUGGAAUUUUUCAUUGCACCAAUGCUGGUCACAAACCGUUAAACAUAGCAUCGAGUAGAGUGAACGAUGGCAUCUGCGAUUGUUGUGAUGGAACGGAUGAAUAUGCCAGUGGGGCUACCUGCAGGAACAACUGUAUCGAACAGGGAAGGAGUGCUAGGGAAGAGGCGCUACGUAGGGCUGAGCUGGUCAAAGCUGGGAAGCAGCUAAAGGCAGAUUAUAGCCAGAAAGGUAUUCAAAUGAAGCAAGAGAAGCAAACGAAGCUAGGUGAGCUCCAAAAGAAUAAGGAAGAGGCGGAAAAGGUGAGAGCAGAGAAAGAGGCGCUGAAAAAUGAGAUAGAAGAGGAAGAGAAGAGCGCUUUGGAGUAUUAUAGGAAACUGGAGGAAGAAGAGAAGAAAAGGAGGGCAGAGGAAGAAGAAGCUAAAAAUAGAGCGGAAGCCACAGAGAUUUUCAACAAAUUUGAUUCCAAUCAAGACGGAAUGUUGGUCAUUGCGGAAUUACAAACCAGGCAUAAUUUCGACAAAGAUGGGAAUGGAGAAGUUUCCGAGGAGGAAGCAAAAUUCUUUUUAUUCAAUCAAGAUUCUGUGGAUCUGGAGAAUUUCAUUAGCAUUUGCUGGCGAGAUGUCAAAACGUACUUGAUGAGAGAUGCCGGGGCGUUCCAAGCGCCACCUAGUGAGAACGAGGAAGAAGCACAGACUGAGGCUGAUGAUAUGCAAGAGAGCGAUGAGCACGACGAGGAAGCACACGAAGAUGACGAAGAAGAAGAAGACGACCAAGAACCGGAAGCCCAGGAAGAAGAACACCACGAGGAACCGACCACCGUCGUGUACGACGAUGAAACCCAGAAAAUCGUCGAACGUGCCAAAUUCGCCCGAGACGAACACAGCGCGGCAGACAGGCAGGUCCGCAGCAUCCAAUCCGAGAUAGAAGCCAUCCAGAACUACCUUAACAAAGAUUUCGGGCCCGAGGAGGAAUUUGCCACCCUUCAAGGCGAGUGUUUCACCUUCGAAGACCACGAGUACGUGUACAAGCUAUGUCCGUUCGACAAAACGUCCCAGCUGCCGAAAUCUACCUCUACGGAGACCCGGCUGGGGACGUGGGGUCGAUGGGCCGGUCCCGAGGAUGACCUGUACUCGGUCAUGGUGUACGACAAGGGCCAGUCGUGCUGGAACGGCCCGCAGAGGUCCACACAGGUGCGGAUCGACUGCGGCAGUGAGAAUAAACUGACUAGCGUGUCGGAGCCGAACCGGUGCGAGUACCUGUUCACUUUCGUCACUCCCGCGGCCUGCCGGGAAGCGCCGGCCGAUAUACGCGACGAACUGCACGACGAAUUGUGAGGGCGUUAGGAUACUUCCGAGUUUAUUAAUGUAACGAAUUAGGUCAGGUUGAUAAGACUUUUUUCAUCACGUUCCUUCACUUUUUGUAUUUAUUAGUGUAUUAAAUUCUAAAUUUCUUUUUUUAUAGGCAUUUUGUCUCCGGUAGUUUUUUUUCACACUUCGCAGUUCGUGAAACACAUUUAGUUUUAGGUUAUGUAAAAACCAAGGGUUAGAACUUUGUUAAAGGUGUACAUGUUCAUUGAGUAAACUAUUUAUAGAA